GUACCAAGAGAUUUAGGAGACAGGUAUCCUGCUUGGCAGGGCUUAUGUAAUAUUUUUUUCAACUUCUCUUUUAAAGAAACUGAAGAAGUUUUUAAGGUGAAGAAAUCGAGUUACAGCAAAAAGAUUGUAAAACAACUGAAGAAAGAAUACAAAGAAGAUCUUGAAAAAUCAAAAGUUAGAACAGAGGCCAAUUCUCCAACGGAUGUUGAACCACCUCUAGAAAAAGCAGGACUGAUCAAGGAUAUAAAUCAAGAAGAUGGGACUGCAAACAUUGAACAAGGUGAAGAAGAAAUGGAAGUUGAAAGUGAGAAGGAAGAAGAAAAACCAAAAGCUGGUGGGGCAUUUUCAAGUGCUCUGUCGUCACUAAAUGUUCUCCGACCAGGAGAAAUUCCAGAUGCUGCUUUUAUUCACGCCGCUAGGAAAAAGCGUCAAAUGGCUCGUGAACUUGGAGACUUUACCCCUGUUGACAGUGAACCAGGUAAAAGCCGCCUUGUUCGAGAAGACGAAAAUGAUGCCAGUGAUGAUGAAGAUGAUGAUGAGAAGAGGAGGAUAGUUUUUACGGUGAAGGAAAAAUCCCAAAGGCAAAAGAUUGCUGAGGAAAUAGGUAUUGAGGGAAGUGAUGAUGAAGCCCUGGGGGCAGGGGAGCAGGAUGAAGAGCUCAGCAGAUGGGAGCAGGAACAGAUACGGAAAGGAAUCAACAUACCUCAGGUUCAACCAAGUCAGCCUGCUGAAGUGAAUAAUCUGUACUACCAGAACACUUACCAGACACUGUCCUAUGGUUCAUCGUACGGCAUUCCAUACACUUACGCUGCCUAUGGAUCAUCGGAAGCCAAGUCUCAAAAAACAGAUAAUACGGUUCCUUUCAAAACUCCCAGUAAUGAGAUGACUCCUGUUACUAUUGAUUUGGUAAAGAAACAGCUUAAAGACAGGUUGGACUCUAUGAAAGAAUUGCACAGAGCUAAUCGGCAGCAAUACGAGAAACACCAGCAAAGCCGGGAGGACUCUACCAAGGCAAUUGAGAGAUUAGAAGGGUCUUCUGGGGGUAUUGGUGAACAGUAUAAGUUUUUGCAAGAAAUGCGAGGGUAUGUCCAAGACUUGCUUGAGUGUUUCAGUGAAAAGGUGCCUCUGAUUAACGAGCUUGAGUCCGCAAUGCACCAGCUGUACAAACAGCGAGCUUCCCGCCUUGUCCAAAGACGACAAGAUGAUAUUAAAGAUGAAUCUUCGGAGUUUUCAAGCCAUUCAAAUAAGGCACUGAUGGCACCAAAUCUGGAUUCUUUUGGACGAGACAGAGUGCUCUAUCAAGAACAAGUGAAGCGGCGGACUGCGGAAAGAGAGGCUAGAAGAGCCCGUCGCAGGCAAGCAAGGGAGCAAACUGGGAAGAUGGCUGAUCACCUUGAAGGCCUUUCGAGCGAUGAUGAGGAAACCUCAACGGAUAUUACAAACUUCAAUAUGGAGCGAGAUCGUAUAUUAAAGGAGUCCAGUAAAGUUUUUGAAGAUGUUUUGGAAAGCUUUUAUUCAAUUGAUUGUAUUAAGUCACAGUUUGAAGCUUGGCGUUCAAAGUACUUUGCUUCUUACAAGGAUGCUUAUAUUGGCCUCUGUUUACCGAAGCUGUUCAACCCUUUAAUCAGACUUCAGCUGCUUAUCUGGACUCCGCUGGAGGGCAAGUGUCGAGAUUUUGAGACUAUGUUGUGGUUUGAAUCGCUGCUGUUUUAUGGCUGUGAAGAACAAGAGCAAGAAAAAGAUGAUGCUGAUAUUUCGCUAUUACCUACCAUUGUGGAGAGAGUAAUUCUCCCUAAGUUAACAGUGAUUUCUGAAAAUAUAUGGGAUCCUUUUUCUACAACACAAACAUCUAGGAUGGUAGCAAUGGUGCAAAAAUUAGUAGAUGGAUACCCUUCAGUGGUGAAUGCUGAAAACAAAAAUACACAAAUGCUUCUAAARGCAUUGUUGCUGCGAAUGAGGAGAACACUUGAUGAUGAUGUAUUCAUGCCAUUAUAUCCAAAAAACAUCUUAGAAAACAAGAACUCCGGCCCAUAUUUGUUUUUCCAACGUCAGUUUUGGUCUUCUGUUAAGUUAUUAGGAAACUUUCUCCAGUGGUGUGGAAUCCUUUCGAACAAAACUCUCCAGGAACUGUCAAUAGAUGGUCUGCUAAAUAGAUACAUUCUUAUGGCUUUUCAGAAUUCUGAGUAUGGCGAUGACAGCAUUAAGAAAGCACAAAGUGUCAUUGCUUGCUUUCCUAAACAGUGGUUUGCUAAUCUAAAAGGAGACAAGACAAUUUCUCAGCUGGAAAACUUCUGUAGAUACCUUGUUCACCUGGCUGACACAAUUUAUAGAAACAGCAUUGGUUGCUCUGAUGUAGAGAAAAGAAAUGCAAGGGAGAACAUAAAGCAGAUAAUAAAGCUUCUAGCAAGUAUCCGAGCACUGGAUCACGCUGUGGCAGUUGCAAAUGAUCACAAUGUAAAAGAGUUAAAGAUUUUAAUAGAAGGGAAAUAGAACUUUUCUGACAACUCAUUUUGAGCUUUAAAACCAUUCCUGAUGUGUAAUUUAUGUACAUAUGUAAAGUUUCUUAAACUGUAAAGUAUUGAUCCUUGUUUUAAUACAAAGUGCAUUCUUAUAUACAGCAUCCUUAAAAAAGGUUUCUUUGAAAUUAAAAACAGAAACCCAAGAUUAUCAUCUUUCCCAAAAUCAGACUUUCCUCAAAGUUUCUCAAAAUCUUGUUUACAGAACCACUUUGUACCCUUGACUAGUAGUCAUCUACUCUAAUUGUUCCAUGGUUAACUGGAAUGUGUAUAAUAUGUUAUGUGUAAUACAAUGAAUGCAUAUAUUUAUACCACCAUGUUACUUUCACACUGGAUAUAGAGAUCUUUUACUGUUGAAAUAAGCUUUUCAUUUGCUUAAAAAAAAAAAUCCUCAUUUUGACAAUGAAAUGAUCAUAUUAUUGGUCAAAAGGGCUGGCAAAACGUAUUUAUAUGUGAAAAUUGUUUGACCUAAAUUGUAGACUUUCAAAUGGCAUCUGACCUUUAAAAAGUGUUUGUGCUGGGCUCAGGUGGGAACAGCURAAGUUUGAUUUGCAUUCAGAAUGUGGAGCUCUCGGAUCUGUUCUUGGGGCCAGACCGGAGAAGAGGACCCAAAUCAGUACUCUAAAGGCUUGUUCAACACUGGCUCACAAUAAGACCUUGUGAUUACUGUGCAAGGAUACAUGACAGCACCUGCUGAGCUCAAACUGCCUUCCGUUUUGGACGGAUAAUAUGUCACRUAUGGGCUCUGGACCUUAAUUCCCUGCGCAACUGGGUGAAAUUUACUGCUCCUGCACCUUUUUUUCCUUGGGACCUGUUCAUCUGAUUGGUUUAGCUAAAGAUGUCAAGCGAAAUGAAGGAAAAUGUUGUCUCCUGUGAUCUGAAGUAUUUAUAUUGUAGUAAAUACUUCAAAUAAUGUACUUAACAGGAGGUAUAACUAAGAAUACAGUCUUACAAAAUGCUUAAUUUAGCUGUAAAUUAAAAUGAAAGCCCUUUAAAUACAUGAGCUGGUUUACAUUGAAUACUAGUGAUGUGAUCUUGGGGUGGUCCAAGGAUUAGUAACGGCUGUAGUAACCUUGGAUUGAGAUCUAUUUCCAGGUGUGCCCUACUUCUUUGGGAACUGUAGCAAUAAAUUGGCAUACUGAAAUGGCAUAAGAAUCAUUGUAUUUUAUGCUCAUGUCAUGUGGUAUAAAUGA